ACCGUUCCUCGUCAUCUUCCACGACAACAAACAGCAAAAUCAGAAGAAAUCGAAUACGAGGCUGGCAGAUAAUUGGCUGGAUAAUACCAUAUUCAAGGAACCUUUUAUUACACCUUAAUCUACGUCCGGAUUCUACUUGUCUCCAUGCAUAGUAUCUACUCUCGCGUCAAUGGCCUUUCAGCGUUAUUUUCUUCCUGCAUAAUGGCUUUACUGGCAGCGAUCGCCCUCUCGACGUUCGUAUUCACCGCCGAUCCGAAAGGCGACCUCGCCAUUGCAUCGGUGAAAGUGUACCCAGCAAAAGCUAGACGAUAUCCUAACAAGCAACAGGAGUUUGCCUUUGUGAACUUCAACGUUAGCGCAGAUUUGACGCCUUUAUUCAACUGGAACACCAAGCAACUUUUUCUCUACCUCGAGGCAGAAUAUACCAACGCAAAAGGAGUCAAGAAUGAUGUCGUCGUCUGGGAUCGCAUCGUAAGACGCAAAGAAGAUGCUGUUCUCAAUGUCGUAGGCAAGAAUAAAUACAUGUUCCGUGAACUGUCAUCGACGUUCAAACAAGUGCCCCCCGCUCACUACUCUCUCAAAUAUAACGUGAUGCCCUAUGUCGGUGUGCUCACCUACGGAGAAGCGGCACGGACGUUGGAGCCUGUUGCAUUCCCUCUAGCGCAGGAGUCUGUCUCAUGACAACAUCACAUGCGACAGGACAGUAUUCUUGCUAGUUGGCGGAGCAACACUCGCGGCACUGAGACGUACACCGCGGACUUUCUGCAAGAAUUGUUACAUAAGUCGUCGUUUAUAGAUAUUGAAGGGUUGGGUUUUGAGUUUUGAUAUUCUUUACUUAUCCCAGGUCGUAUCCUCAGAAACUAGUUUGUGCACGUUGUAACCAGAACUAUGGGUCCAUGUGUAUAUCAUUUUGACUAUUCAAAAGCCCCUCAAA